AACUGUGCAAGAGUGGAAAUUGUCUGUUAACACCUUUCAAUGUUUGAAAUCCACAUCACUUAAGUCACUAGAAUUACUUCAUGAUAGAAUUACAGGAAUUGACAUUCAAAAUUGUGAUUUUUUAACUCAUUUAGAAUAUUUAGAUUUGUCUGGUAACGCCGUUUUAUUUUUUUUAGAAAAUUUUACACAACCAACCGGGUGGGAUAUUGUAUAUCAUCAAUUUCUAUCACUCUCAAACCUUACUUUUUUUAGGAUGGAUUACAAUAUUUAUCGCAAGUUUAUGGUGAAUGCCCGAGAUGUUCCAUCAAACUCAUUUUGGUACGGCCAUCCAAAGAUACCUUUAGAACCAGCCAAAUUUCAAAACUCAUUGCAGAAAAAACAUGAAGGUCCCCAACAAAACGAUAAUUUUAGUGGUCCAAUUUUGAAAAUAGCUUUGCCUGAUAAUAUCGAAUUCUGGUCUUCAAGCUGGUGGGGCAUAGAUGAUAAUACUUUUGAAAAGUGCCACCAUUUAAAUACAGAUUUUUAUUUCUAUCCAAACAAGGUCAGAUAUCUCAAAAUAGAGGACCUGAAUUUGAAUAUAAAAGAAUUUUGUCCCGUUUUAUAUGGCUUAGAUAGGCUCGAGUUUCUGGAUAUUUCUCAUAACAGCAUUCAAUACUUGCCAAAAAUUUUUUUCAAUAAUUUCAUCUCACUGCUAUACUUGUAUGUGAAAGAUAACAAUUUAGGUCCUUUGAUUGCUAAAAGUGGUCUCCUUCCCAUACAACUCCCACACUUAGAAAUCCUCGAUUUAUCAGUGAACAAAAUCAGCACAAUACCAAAAGACUUUUUUGGCUAUCUUGCUUCAUUGAGACGUCUGGACCUCAGCGAUAAUCGAAUAUCAACAUUAUCUUUUACCAUGAUAAACUUACUUUCCAUAGAAUACAUAGAUAUAAGCACUAAUCAACUAACCGACGUCUCGACAUCGGAGUUGGACUACAUUAGGAAUGUGAAUGCCAGUAGCCUGAAUGUUACUUUGAACAUGAGCAACAAUCCCAUGGACUGCAACGUUUGCGACGGGAUAGGAUUUCUCCGUUUGAUUAUCCACUCCAACAUGACGACAAUAUUCUCCAACGACUCCACCUGUUGCGUGGAUGGACCUAAAACAAGCUUAGAGAGCAACCUGAGUAGACUUGAGAUGGAAUGCGAUAGCUUUCCACAGGUUAUCACUUCACUAAACCAUUGGCUUUCCUUGGGAGCAUCUCUUGGUAGCAUAGCUGCUGCGGCCGGUGGCCUUAUAGUAGUUUACAUUUACCGUUGGAAUAUCAAAUACCACUUCUUCCUUCUUCGCCGCCAUUUUCGAAAGAGAGGUUUCAUGGGUGGAACACCUGGUCACGUGUACGCCUCCUAUGACGACAAAGAUUAUCACUGGGUGACACACGUGCUGUUACGUCAUCUAGAAGAUGAGGAUCAACUUGAUGUCAUCAUAGAUCAAAGAGAUUUCAUUUGUGGCGCUUCCCUUUCCGAGGCCAUUGUAGAGGCCGUGGAGAACAGCAGGAAAACAGUGCUUGUCCUCUCUGAGAGCUACGUUCUCAACCCUUGGUGUGAGUUUGAGUUUCAGAUGUCUCUUGCUCGUGGUUACCAAUCAGUAAUCCCGGUUAUGUUGCAGCCUGUGCCAUUUGAUGCUAUGACGAAAUCACUGCGAAAAUACAUUAGAGCAAGAGGGUAUAUAAAGUGGACUGAGAAACAAGAUGGGCAACGUCUGUUCUGGAAACGCCUCUCCGGCGCCAUCUUUGAUGAUAAUGAUAUUCAUGCGCAGCCCGAGGAAGACGAAUUGACUGAAAUCAUGUAGCUGAGUAUAUACUCCAUUGAUGGUUUUGGUAUAUAUAUAAUUAUUUGCUUAGAACUUAUGAUAACAAACCUGCCCAUUGUAAACAGAAGUAAAUCACAAGGUUUUCAUUCUAUUCAAAAUGUAUUUGACCAUGAAAAGCAGUUUGUUACGCCACAGCGUCUGAGAACUGAGUUGAAGAUACAUAUUUUAACUACGGAUUAAGUAAUAUCUGAUUGCAAAUAUGUAAUGUCACUAUUGUUGUAAGCACAAUUCAAACAGUACUGUAUUAUGUAUAGACUUUUAUGGGUGCAUGUUUACAUGAAAUAUGUCUAAAAUAUUUCAAUCAAUUUUAAACCUUAGAUAAGGAAAAAAAGGAAAUAAGUUAUGAGUGAUAGACUUGUAAGUGGCAACAAACUUACAAACAUUUUCUUGUUAAUGUUAAGGAAGUGAGAUUAAAACGGUUCACCUAGGAUGAAAAGAGUUUAUUUCCUACCUGUAAAAUAUAAACAAUCCUUACUGUAGCUUUUGUAAAAUAACUUUAAAAGCAGCUAAACAUCUGCUUAUUGACCUUGAAAUAGUUUAGCAAUUGUGGAUAGAAGUAAAGCACUAGAUACACCAAUAGGCGUUAGUUAAACAAUAUCAUCUUUACAGAUAAUUGUGGAAAGUUGUAACAGUGUGUGAAAUAUUUUGAAUUAAACUAAACCCUUUGUCAGUUUGAGAAGAAAUAAUACAACAAAGCACUGUAAUUACUUUUGUGCAGUAGAGUGCAGAUAUGUGUGUGUGAAAUC